AUGUCCACGAUUAACCUGCAUCCACCGCAAACCUACUCCCGCCUGUUCCGUCCCUGGGAUACGCAACGCCAGACGCCCGCUCCGGCACCUAGGAUGGUGAAGCAGGAGCCCGAGAUCACCAUCAAGACGGAGCUGCCCAGCAGCAGCUUUGGUCAUGACAGUGACACCUCCUCAUCGUCCUCGUCGAGCAGCAGCAGCAGCAGCUUGGACAGUCGCAGCCGGAGCAGCAGCUACGAGGAUGGACUGAACCACAGCAGCUACACUCGCACCUCCACUCCCUUGCUGGAUGCUGCGCCUCAGCCCAUCUUUCCCCAGUCUGCCUCAUCCUCCUCCGCCGCCGCCUGCCCCGUGUCCCAGCCUCCUCCGCAGAUGCAGCACCAGGCUCCGUCCACCUCUCCGUUCAUGCCGGCUGCCAGCGAUCUGUAUUAUGCCGCCGCUGCCGCAGCAGCCGCUGCUGCUGUUAACACUCCCAGCGCCGCCGCUGGUUUUGGCAUGGAUCCCUUUACAUUGGGCUUGAUGGAGCAGGAGUACGCCCGCGUCAUGGCCGAAGAUGCUCAGCUGAAGGCGCUCAAUGCCCGCAAACAGCGCCCCAAGAAGUUUAAGUGCCCGCACUGCGACGUGGCCUUCUCCAACAAUGGCCAGCUCAAGGGACACAUCCGCAUUCAUACCGGCGAACGCCCCUUCAAGUGCGAUGUGGAUACCUGCGGCAAGACCUUCACCCGCAACGAGGAGCUGACCCGCCACAAGCGCAUCCACACCGGUCUGAGGCCUUAUCCUUGCAGUGCCUGCGGCAAGAAGUUCGGGCGUCGUGACCACCUCAAGAAGCACAUGAAGACGCAUAUGCCGCAGGAACGCCAGCUGGGACCGGCCAUCUUUGUGCCCAUGUAUCCCUAUCUGUAUGGCUAUUGA